ACUUCACACGUCAUAAUUACACAGUUGUGGGUACACUGGUUUUUAACUGUGUUUAUUUGCUUUUAGGGGGCCGCACAGUGCCAGAAGUUUAAAGGAGGCCCUCGAAAAUGGAACAGCCCCCAAUUAAACCUCCGCGAGGAGUUAAACCGAUCAAAGAAACGAGUGGUCUUCUGAUGUCGGUAAUUCGAACCUUGUCCGCCAGUGAAACCAACGAACAGCGAGACAGAGAAAAGGCGAAGUUAGAGAACGAGUACAAACAGAGCGAUCGGAAGCUCGACGAAUUGAUAUUAAAGCACGAAAAUAAUUUGACGAAGGUAAUGCAAUUAUUUAGUGCUCUUUCGCAGCAAAUAAGCGAGUCGAGAGAGAAAAUACACACGGUUAAGGAAAACUUAAAAGCAUGUAAGACACUACUGCAUUGUCACAGGGACGAAUUGAGGAAGUUGUGGCUUGAAGGAUUGGAGUAUAAGUAUAUGCUGCAGUUGUUGGAGGAAGUGGAGAAAAUGAUUGAGGUACCUAAUCAGCUCACAAAUUAUUUGGCUAAAAAGCAUUAUCUGCAUGCAACCGAGCUGCUAGUGCGAGCAGUUUCUUUAGGAAAAAGAAGUUUAGAUGGAGUGGAAGGCCUUAAGGAGUUAAGUCAGGAAUUAGAGUCAAAAAAAGAGCAUCUACAUUUGCAACUAGUGAACGAACUAAGGCAACAUUUAUAUGUAAAACCGGCCCAAAAUGCACUAGUGCUUCGCCGCCAAGGAUCGGGCAAAGAAGGUCUGUUCAGUUCACCACUUCAAAGAAGCAUCGAACUGCGUGUUUCAUCUCGACAACGAACAGCGGUCAGGCGAAAUUUACUCGAACCUUCAAAGUCCACAUCCAAAAAGAAAGAAUUCGAAAUUGAGGAAGACUUGGAAGUGACCGAUCCCGAAGCAGACUCGGCGAAAUUUAUGGGAAUACUGGUGAAAUGUUUGAUGCUCCUUGAUAAGCUACCAUUCGCAGUAGAUAAGUUAAAGAUGGAGAUGCAAAGCGAACUUUUGACCAUUGUUCAACGUACAACAAUUUAUAUUAAUGACUAUAGCGCUAUACAAAGUGAUAUAAAGCAAACAAAACAAAACGCUUUGUUAGAACUAAUGCUGACUCUGUUUGAACAGUUUAAAGAAGUGGGUGAGGCACACGCUUUGCUGUUGACACAUUUAAUCAGAGCAGCAGAGGGACAUGCAGUACCUGUUAAAGUUUACGAUAUGUCUCUGUUUUGGGCGCAAGUACAAUCUGUUUUACAGCUGUUACUUAACGACUAUUUGGAUAUACAAAACAUUUCCAAUGAGUCACAGUUGGUUGACAAUUUUACCGAUCCUAACGAUAUUUCAAGUUAUUUUUCGAGACGCAAACAACAGACCAAAAAACAAUCGCUAUUCAAAUUUGAGGGCUCUCUCAGUGCGCUAACAAUGAGUAGCAACGCGAAAGACAUCCCAUCGUCGCGAAAUAGUAGGGAGAAAAUACUGGUGUGUUCACCAGACGCGAAUAAUAUUACGCUAAUAUUUAUUCCUUUGAUGUGUUUUAUUGAGGAAAUUGAACAGAUGCUGAAAUUGAACCAAGGAGUGUCCUGUUCGUUGCAUUUAUUUGUUGCAAAUUACAUUACUGACGGGUUUAUAAUGAGGAAACGGGCUGAAACAAUGGUACAGAUUGAUAUGGCUGUCCGAGCUGCUGACGCAUGGAAGACAACGGUUCUUCUAGAUGCUACCACCGAUUAUAAACCUUUAUUAUUGAGCGCGAUAACUGUAGAAAAGUGUAUUAGAGAAUGGCGCGAGUUGUUACGAACGCUUCCAAGCUAUAGUGAACAAUUACUAAAGUCGGUCUGUAUUGCGUUAAAAGAGUACAAAGACACCUGCCUAGCCGCUUACCAGGGCAUUGUCCAACCGCAUUCGGAAGACAGGCGUAUUUGUAGUGCUGCCUGGCUUAAGGAUGAAGAUAUCAGUCGAUUUUUGAAAUCUUUACCCAAUUGGUUAAAUCUGAAAGCGCAACAGGAAUGCCAAACGCGCAACGACCGCCGAAAAACGAACAGAGAUUUACAUCCCGAAGAAGAAAGUCCUGAAGAUGUGCGACAACGCAAUCGUCGCGAAGCGGAAAUUUUGGGUAGUAACUUGGGGGAGGGCGGUGUGAGCGCGGGAGAAAUUCUCUCAGACAUGCUGCUGUUGAAGGAGUUGGCUCAGUUACAGGAAAGCAUGGAAUGGUUUUCUGUUCGAAUGCUGCAAUUUAUUAGAGAACUUCGUCAAGAGCCGUCCUUGGCACCAGCUCAGAGUACACCAGACCCCCCUUUAUCAGUUUCAUCCGCGACACUGCAGCAGUUAACGAGUAUCGCGCAGGAUUUCGACGAGCUCGCCAAUACCUGCUUAUUACUGCUACAUUUGGAAGUCCGCGUUCAGUGCUUCCAUUACCUUUUAGCCCAAAGCGAGUAUAACAAAGAAACCCACGAACCGGACCCAAAAGUAUUGGAAUUGAGUCGAGUUUUGGCGAAUGUCGAUGAAGCCAUGACGUCCAGCUUGCAACCACGGAAAUGUAAAUACAUUUUUGAAGGAUUGGGUCAUUUAAUUGCGAAAAUUUUAAUUAGUUCUUCGCAAUACAUGAAGAACAUCGACGAGACUGGUAUUCAGCGUAUGUGUCGAAAUGUAUUCGCUUUACAACAGACUCUUACAAAUAUCACCAUGACUAGAGAAGUUGCGUUAGACCAUGCCCGCCAUUAUUUCGAAUUGUUCUUUUUAACUCCGGAGGAAAUUUUAAACGCAAUUGUGGAGAAAGGUCCAGAAUUUUCAGAGUUGGAGUACAUGAAUGCUUUUCAGUUGUUGUCACGAAGUAAAGGUGUUAAAGGCACAGAUUUGGUAAACAAAUAUAUGCAAAAGCUAUGCGACAUUCUGGGUGAAGUCGGCGUUACAGUUUAACGAUCAUAAUUUCCUUAGUGUAAUAUUUAUAUAUUUUCUAUUAACUCUAGUAAACGAUUGCUUGUUUUUGA